CGACGCCAUUUUUCGUUUCACUUCCAUUUUAGCUUUUGCAUCGUAUCGUCUUUUUCGUGGUUUAGCUGUGAAUAAGAAUUAUAAAUUUAAAAAGAUUAUAAGCUAUUAUUUUUUCGUUAUUAUCAAUUGAGAAUAGAUUCUCAUAAUGAGUGAUAGAGAGGUAAGAAUUAAAACCGACUUUUCCCCGCGACGCGAUGAUUCGCCCAGAGACCGCAAGGAGAAGAGCUACUCAAGGAGUCCAAGUCGAGGUAGAAAGUCGCAUAAGUAUGAUAGAGACCAUCGACGUGAUGACCGGGACAGAGACUACAGUUCUAGGCGUGAUAGGUCGCGCAGUAGAUCGCGCUCAGACAAACGUCGCAAGUCCUCGAGACAUUCGCGCAGCCAAUCACGCUCGCCCGGAUACGGGCGCUCUCACUCUCACAGUCCUAUGUCUAGUCGCAGGCGCCACAUGGGCACGCGCGACAAUCCCAAUCCGAACACCUGUCUAGGCAUCUUCGGGCUCAGCGUCUACACCAACGAGGACGAACUGUACCACAUUUUCAGCAAGUACGGUCCAGUCGAACGAGUUCAAGUCGUCAUCGAUGCCAAGACUGGCAGAUCUAGAGGAUUUGCCUUUGUGUACUUUGAAAAAACAGAGGACGCCAAAGUAGCCAAGGAGGAAUGCUGCGGUAUGAAAAUUAAUGAUAAAAAUAUCAGAGUAGAUUUUUCGAUUACUGAGAGAGCACAUACUCCCACUCCAGGCAUAUACAUGGGAAAACCUACUUACAAGUACAGUGAUAGAUACGGCGACAAAUACAGAGACAGACGUCGUGACAGAGAUUCCUAUUAUCGGAGCUCUACCAGAUACCGUCGUUCACCUUCUCCUUACUACAGCAGCAAAAGUCGACGAAGAUAUUCCAGAUCGCGAAGCUAUUCUCCACGUCGUUAAUAGCUUUGGAGCUGGUCAGUGAUUUUGGAUGCUUCAAGGCUCAGUAACUUGAGCCAUACCUGCAUUAAAAUUUUAUUUUACUUAGAAAUAUAUACAUUAGUUUGGGUUUAAUUUUUUUUCAAAAUUCACUCGAAAGCGUCGUUAUAAAUGAUUGACUUCAGGCACAGAUUGCUCUUUUUGAAUGUCCACCAAAUAUUUCCAAGAGUUGAUGCUAAUAUUACAUUUCAUAUAUGAUUUUUAAGAUUACCAGAAUCUUACAAUUUUGAAUAUUACAACUUCCAUAUAUUUAUUGUAGGAAAACGUUUCGCGUAGAUAUUUCCUCUAGUGAUGUAUUAAAUGUAACUUUAGCAGCUCUUGCAGUUUAAUCUAGACUUAGUUGUUUUACAUUUUGUCCGCUCUUAUAAAUGUGAAAUAGAUUUUAAGAUUAUAAAUAAAAUAAUCAAUUUUGACUAAUCUCGCUUUUCUGUGUUUUUAAAAAGGGUUGAGAACAGGAACUUUUGGAUGAAAUUGAAGUUUAUUGAGAAAUGAAUGAAAAUAAAAAUAUCAAACGUUGCGAAGCAUUAUCGCUACUAUGAAAAAAAUUGAAUGAAUGAAAACAAGAAACUGUAUUGAAACAAGAGUUUCCAUUUGAAGAAUGAAAUCUAUCUCGGUCGAAAAAAAUAUUUCUAUGAAAAAACAAGUUUGUUUAUGGCUGCAAAAUAUCUUCGUUAUCUUCUGUCAGUCACCUACUCCAUGUCCAACAUCAUGCCCAUUGAAACUUCCUGUCCACAAUCCUUGCCUAUUGAAAAUAUUUCUUUAGGCUUUCCCUUCAUUGCAAAUAAACUUCUUUUUCAAUCUAUAAAUUUAACUAUGUUUAUGUUUUACUAUUUGGUGAGUAUAAGAACAAGUAAGAAUCACAUUGUAACUUAUUAAAUUAGGUUGAAAUAUAUGUAACUUAUGAAAUGUA